GGAUUGCACUGACGCCUGUGUUCCGCGCGAUGGCGCGUUCAUUACUCCGGAAGACGCGCGCGGUCACGUGACUCAGUCAAGAUGGCGUCUGGACAGCAGUGGGUGUUGGUGGAGAUGGUGCAAGCGUUUUACGAGGCUCCAGCUUAUCAUUUGAUUUUAGAAGGGAUCCUCAUUUUAUGGAUCAUCAGACUGCUGUUUUCCAAAACAUAUAAACUUCAGGAGAGAUCAGACCUCACAGAAAAGGAGAAAGAGGAGCUGAUCGAGGAGUGGCAGCCCGAGCCGCUGGUCCCCCCCGUCUCUAAAGACCACCCCUCCCUCAACUAUGACGUGGUCACGGGGCCUCCAAGCCACAAAAUCAUUGUAAAUGGGAAAGAGUGCAUUAACUUUGCCUCGUUUAACUUCCUGGGUCUGCUGGACAGUGAGCGCGUGAAGCUGAAGGCGUUGUCGUCGCUGAAGAAGUACGGCGUGGGGACGUGUGGACCGAGAGGCUUCUAUGGGACCUUCGAUGUGCAUCUGGAGCUGGAGGAGCGCCUGGCCAAGUUCAUGGGGACAGAGGAGGCCAUCAUCUACUCGUACGGCUUCGCCACCAUCGCCAGCGCCAUCCCAGCCUACUCCAAGAGAGGAGACAUCAUCUUCGUCGACGAGGCGGCGUGUUUCUCUAUUCAGAAAGGCCUGCAGGCUUCACGCAGCUUCAUCAAAUACUUCAAACACAACGAUAUGGAGGAUCUGGAGCGCCUCCUGAAGGAGCAGGAGAUCGAGGAUCAGAAGAAUCCACGCAAGGCGAAAGUAAUCCGGCGGUUCAUUGUCGUUGAGGGACUCUAUAUCAACACUGCUGAUCUCUGUCCACUACCUCAACUGGUGAAGCUGAAGUACAGAUAUAAAGUGCGAAUCUUCCUGGAGGAGAGCAUGUCUUUCGGAGUGCUUGGAGAACACGGAAGAGGCGUCACAGAGCAUUUUGGGGUCAACAUCGAUGAUAUUGACCUCAUCAGUGCCAACAUGGAGAAUGCGCUGGCGUCCAUCGGAGGCUUCUGCUGCGGACGAUCAUUCGUUAUUGAUCACCAGCGUCUGUCGGGUCAGGGUUACUGUUUCUCCGCGUCUCUUCCACCCAUGCUGGCUGCUGCUGCUAUCGAAGCCCUCAACAUCAUGGAGGAAGAUCCAGGCCUUUUCAGGGUAUUACGGGAUAAAUGCAAACAUGUCCACAAAGCACUACAAGGGACUCCAGGGCUGAAGGUGAUCGGAGAGCCGUUAGCUCCUGCUCUUCACCUGCAGCUGGAGAACAGCUCGGGAUCCAGAACAGAUGACCUGAAGCUGCUGCGAGCCAUUGUUGAUUACAGUUUGGACCGACAGAUCGCACUCACUUUGGCUCGGUACCUGGACAAAGAAGAGCGUUUCCUUCCACCGCCGAGCAUCAGAGUCGUGGUGACUGUUGAGCAGACGCAGGACGAGAUCCAGACCGCAGCGCAGUGCAUUCGAGAAGCAGCGCUGAAGAUCCUCAAAUGAUGAGAGAUCAUGUGAGAGCCAUGAUGACCUUUGACCCUGAAGACCUCGACUGCACACAACUCGAAUGGAUGAAUACACUGAUUGUAUUAUAUUUGUUUUCCAUACCUGCUGUACAGAUAAUGUUGAUUAUUUUAGUCUUCAUUUCACAUUGAAAUAAAUGCAGCACUGAGUUGGUGUGCACCAUCUUGAAUGUCUAGAAUAAUGGGAGAUCUUGUCUAAUCAACAAUAACUAUGCCCUAGAAACAAUCAUUAUUUUAUAUACAAAGUCAUUUUUAUAGACACUAAUAUUUACAUUGCUUUGUUACCUUUGACCAAAGAGUUGCUUCUUUACAUGUUUUCCCAGUGUUUAUGCCCUGCAUACGAGUUGUUUCUGAAUCAAGCGUUUAUUCUUAGACUCUUUCGGUAACUGAAUGCAUUGAGUGCACUGGUCAAGAGACACCAAAUCUGAUCUGGUUCUGAAUCUGUCAACAUGUCAUUUGUUUUCAAAUAUGUUUCAAGAAUAAAACGCAUUUCAGCUUUUAAAUAUA